AAGUUUUUGUGUAAGAACAAGAUAGAUAUUAACAAGUUCGAUUCAGAAAUCAAGAAAAUUGAUACAGAAAUAAAGUGAUUUGAUACAGAAAUCAAGUGAUUCGAUACAGAAAUCAAGGGAUUUGAUACAGAAAUCAACUGAUUCGAUACAGAAAUCAAGUUUUUCGAUACAGAAAUCAAGAAAAUCAUUACAGAUAUCAAGUAAUUCAAUGCAGAAGUCAAGUAAUUCAUUCAAGAAGUCAAGAAAUUCAUAACAGAAAUCAAGAAAAUGGAUGCAGAAAUCAAGUAAUUUGAUGCUAAACUCAAGUAAUUUGAUGCUGAAAUCAAGUCAUUCGAUGCAGAACUGUUGAGUGUUGAUUUCUCUAACAAAUCAAGAUAUUUGAAAAAAGAAAUUAAGACUAAACAACGAUAUCAUUUAUCUGGUGCUAUAAGCAAGAAUGUUUCUUAAUUGGAAAUCUCAGAAAUCUAAAGAAAAUAUUUCAGCUAAUCCGGUUCAUUUGGAAAAAAUUAUUAACUUGUAUAUAUUUUUUGUCGAAAAAAAUAGUAAAUAUUUCUGUAGAACUUAUCAGUUGAUCCGAUUUUUUUUAUAAAUGAUUCUUGUAAGAAGGCAUAGUUAAUUACCAAAAAAUCUGAUAUUUGAUAAAUUCUUGUCAAAUUUCUACUUUGUUUUGUCAAUGUGAUUUAUUAGAAACAAAUGUUCAAGAUGCUUUGACAAAGUUAAUAUUUAUAAAAGUCUAAGAAGAGUACAUUUAUAAAAGUCUAAGAAGAGUACAUUUAUAAAAGUUUUAAAGAGUACAUUUUAAAGUCUAAAGAAUAAUACUAACUAUACUAUAGUUUCAGAUGGAAGAAAAUGAAACUGUAACCCUGGUUAUUCGAGCUAUAAGAUCGUUUCCGCACAGAAAUAUUCGUACUCUGGUUCUCAAAUCUGUUCCAUUAUCUAGCACAGGUGGACAGUUGUUAGAACUUGCAAAACAGUCAGUUUCCUCAAGUACAAUUCUCCCUCCUCCUUUCAGGUUUAUUUAAUAAUAUAUACUAGUAUUUU